UACGCCAGAUUACAGUACAGCCCCUACCCUGGAUCUAACUUUGCUCCCCAGACCAACCAACAUUAUUGCUACCUUCAAAAGGCUCAAAAGGGAUCGUCAAAGGGGUAAAGAUGUAAUCAGAAGAAGCAGUCGGACACAUGUUCCAUAGUCAAACCUAGUGAUUUGUCGUAUGAGACACCAAACAAAAGUUUCAAUGUGAAUCACCAGUCAGAUUUCCCAUAGGUUUUUAAUAUGGAAAAUUAUUAGAUAUAUGCAACUUUCUCCUUCCUUCAACCAAAAGCCACGUGUUUGGUCAGCCCGUUGCCCGCUUCCGGCAUCACCGCCUGUCCCAGUCAAAACUGCCCAAUCCCUUUAUAUUCCCCAUUUCUUUACGUUAACCAUCUACCUUUCUCUUUUAGAAAAAAAUGGCUCGAUUUAGCGUUUUGUUCACGGUUAUUUUCCUCCUGUUCACCUUCUCUCACGCCCGCUUUUUCACUGCUGAAACGGAACAUGAGGUCAACCCCGAAGAAUCCAUUAUCGAUUUACCAGAAUCCGAUCCUAAAACCACAACUGCCAUCCUUUUACCUAGCGAGAGACCCGGGUUUGAACCCGCCAAAAUAGUUGAUUUCAAGCACGAUGAUGCCUCGGAAACCGACUCCGACGUGGAAUUCAUUCCGUUGACGACGAUCAGUUUUCAUCCUGUAAACCGUCACUUCCCCAGGCGUCCUUUGAUUCCGUUCCGUCAUAAACAUAACUGCCGUUUCCACAAAAGGUUCAGGCCUUUGAACCCGCGGCUCCAGCAGAAACACCGUAUUUCUUACGGCGAUGAUAUGAUACUGUCCGACGGCGGAACUGGUUUUGACCCAGAAUCGCGAUGGCCUAGGUUUCCCGAUGAUGCCACCGAGUCAAAGGAGCAUGUAGAUUUUCUAAAGCCUCAUCACCAUGACCACGAAUACGAUCACGAACAUGAUCAUGAUCACGAUAACCACCACCACUACCACCGCCGCCACCACCACGGAGAGGAAGACGAAAGCGACGAAGAAGAGGAACAUGAGCACGAGCACGAGGGCGGGUUCAUGAGGAGGUUAAGCAAGUUUUUUAUUCAUGUCUGAGGAUAUCAUGCACGGUUUUAAUGAUAGUUAUGCAUUUGAUCUAUUAUGCUUUUUUGCGUUAUUUUCACUUUUUGGUUUUCUGGCCUUUAGGGGUUGUAAAUAAAAUCGCAUCCGUUGGGGAUGAACAAUAUGGUAUUUCCAUGUAUAAUAGUACUACAUGGAACUCAAUUUAAGAGAUUGUUGGUUUUCUUC